AUGCCAGCUUCUCCUUCAGAGAACCGAACCAGAUGGAGGAAGCGCAAGAGAGAUUCACAAAUCACCAGGCGCCACCCCAAGCACGAGGAAGAGGACGACGACGACGAAGAAAACCCCAAUGCGGAGGAUGACCACGCCGAACGCGAGUACGAUUCCGAGGAACAAACGCACCACCAUCACAACCACCCUAAUUCGCUACCUCAUGUGGAGACGGAGGUGCUAUCCGACCAUGGUGUUCCAAUUUCGCAGUUCCCGGCAGUGAUAAAGCGCUCCGUGAACCGCCCUCACUCCUCCGUCACCUCAAUUGUGGCUCUGGAGCGAGCCCUUGAGUCUGGAGACAACAAGGCUCAUAGCGCUCUCACUGCACCAGUUCUUGAGAACGUGUCUCACGGCCAGCUUCAAGCACUGUCGUCUGUGCCAUCUGAUAACUUUGCAUUUGAUGGUGAUUCCUCUUUCGUCAUCACUCCCCCUCCCAUAUUGGAAGGUCGUGGUGUUGUUAAGCGCUUUGGAGCUAAGGUUCUUGUAGUUCCAAUGCAUUCAGAUUGGUUUUCGCCUGCCACCGUGCAUAGGUUGGAGAGGCAAGCAGUGCCACAUUUCUUUUCAGGGAAAUCACCGGAUCAUAGUCCGGAGAAGUACAUGGAGUGUAGAAACUGCAUUGUGGCAUUGCACUUGGAGGACCCUGGGAAGAGGAUUACGGUUUCUGAUUGCCAAAGUCUGUUGACUGGGGUUGACGUUGAAGAUUUGACUCGGAUUGUCAGGUUCCUUGAUCAUUGGGGGAUUAUUAAUUAUUGUGUUCGGAUGCCGAGUCUUGAGUCUCCUAAUUUUGUAUCUUGCCUGAGGGAGGAGCCAUGUGGAGAGGUCCGUGUCCCGGCAGAGGCUUUGAAAUCUAUAGAUAGUUUGAUCAAAUUUGACAAUCCCAAUUGUAAGUUGAAAGCAGACGAAAUUUAUUCGUCAUUGACAGCACAUAAUGCCGAUGUCUUUGAUCUGGAGGACAGAAUAAGAGAGCAUCUAUCGGAGAAUCAUUGCAAUUAUUGUUCUCGUCCGCUCCCUGCCGUAUACUACCAGUCUCAAAAAGAGGUUGAUAUCUUACUCUGCAUUGAUUGCUUUCAUGAUGGGAGAUUUGUCAUGGGUCAUUCAAGUAUAGAUUUUUUAAGGGUGGAUUCGACAAGGGACUAUGGUGAACUAGACGGGGAUAAUUGGACUGAUCAAGAAACUUUACUGCUUCUCGAAGCAAUGGAGAUUUACAAUGAGAAUUGGAAUGAAAUUGCUGAGUAUGUCGGUACCAAGUCAAAAGCACAAUGCAUUCUUCAUUUUCUCCGUCUACCCAUGGAAGAUGGAAAAUUGGAAAACAUUAAUGUUCCAAGCAUGUCUUUGUCAUCCAAUGCAAUGAAUAGAGACGGUAGUGGAAGACUGCAUUGUUACUCAAAUGGAGAUACUGCAGGACCUGUCCAUCAAAUCAGAGAUUCUGACAGCCGGCUUCCUUUUGCAAAUUCUGGAAAUCCUGUUAUGGCUUUGGUUGCCUUUUUAGCCUCUGCAGUUGGACCAAGAGUAGCCGCUUCUUGUGCUCAUGCAGCAUUAGCAGUAUUGUCAGUGGAUAAUUCUGGCAGCAGUUCACAGGUGGAAGCACCAGGACAUGAUAAUAGGAUCAAUUCAGAAAGCAAUCAUUCUCGAGAUGGUGGGCCUCAUGGAGAAACAGCAGUAUCAAAUAAUAAUAAUGAGGAUAAGGCAAAGUUACAUGGUUCAUGGGGUCUAAAUGAUGGUAGGACAACCCCACUAUCUGUUGAGAAAGUUAAAGAUGCUGCUAAAGCAGGCCUCUCUGCGGCAGCAAUGAAAGCAAAAUUAUUUGCCGAUCAUGAAGAGCGAGAAAUUCAGAGGUUGUGUGCUAACAUAGUUAAUCAUCAGGUAUCCCUGUUCUGUUGUGUCCAUUUCUGUCUGGACGUGGCUUGCUGUUAUUGGCAGCUGAAAAGAUUGGAAUUGAAGCUGAAACAGUUUGCGGAAAUUGAAACGUUGUUGAUGAAAGAAUGCGAGCAACUGGAGAGAACAAAGCAAAGGUUUGCUGCUGAACGGUCUCGCAUAAUAUCAGCACGUCUUGGAACUGCGGGAGCCACACCCACAAUGACUGCAUCAGGUGUUGGUCCUUCAAUGGGCAGUAACGGUAACAAUAGGCAACAAAUGAUCUCUGCUUCUUCCUCACAGCCCAGCAUCUCAGGGUAUGGCAACAACCAACCAGUUCAUCCUCAUAUGUCUUUUGCCCCACGACCUUCAAUGUUUGGGUUGGGGCAAAGAUUACCGUUAUCUAUGAUACAACAAUCACAAUCAGUUUCUUCUACUGCCAUGUUCAAUGCCCCUAGUAAUGUGCAGCCCACAACCAAUCAUCCAUUGUUGAGGCCGGUGUCAGGAACUAACUCUGGUUUAGGUUAA